AUGGCGUUUUCCAUGGCCAAGAUCUCAGCGUCCUUCGCCAUGCUCACGGCUCUGGCCUUCCUCGUUCAUCCCUGCGCAUCCGCCGAGUUCCACCGCAAGCUCUCCAGCUGGUCCGACGGCGGCGCCACCUGGUACGGUGGCCCGACCGGCGCUGGGACCGACGGUGGCGCGUGCGGGUACCAGGACGCCGUCGACCUGCCGCCCUUCUCCUCCAUGAUCGCGGCGGGGAGCCCGUCCAUCUACGAGGGAGGGAAAGGCUGCGGAUCUUGUUACGAGGUGAAAUGCUCGGGUCACGAGUCGUGCUCCUCCAGCCCGGUGACCGUCGUCCUCACCGACCUGUGCCCCGGCGGGCCGUGCCUUGAAGAGUCUGUCCACUUCGACCUCAGCGGGACGGCGUUCGGCGGCAUGGCGAUGCCCGGCCAGGCCGACAAGCUCCGAUCCGCCGGUCGCCUCCAAAUUCAGUACACUCGAGUCCCAUGCAAGUGGCAGGGGGUGGACAUAGCCUUCAAGGUGGACACCGGCUCCAACGACUACUACCUGGCCAUGCUCGUCGAGUACGAGUCCGGCGACGGCGACCUGUCGUCCGUCGAGCUCAUGCAGGGCGGCGGCGGCGGCGGCGGGUGGUCUAAGAUGGAUCAGUCGUGGGGCGCCGUGUGGAGGUACAACUCCGGGCCCAAGCUGCAGCCGCCCUUCUCCGUCCGCCUCACCUCCAGCUCCGGCAAGAUCCUCGUCGCCAGCAACGUCAUCCCGGCAGGCUGGAAGCCCGGCGGCAUGUACCGCUCCGUCGUGAACUACUGA